AUGGCGGCAGACUCUCAGGUAAGGCCUCUUAAUGGAAAUUUGAUGUUUUUUUGAUAAUAACAAAGACUAAGGAAGCAGAUUAAGACGAGGAGGAUGUUAACUCUGAUUUAUUUUAGAGUCAGAUCUAUCAGAAGCGUCUGGAACUUCACACUAUUGUGUUUGCAGUGGCCUUUUCACCAUGUGGCAAUUUCUUGGCGGCGUGCAACAACUUUGGACAAAUUGCGGUUUUUAGGUGAAGGUCGUUUUGGUGUAUUCGUCUGUCUGUUUGUUGGUUUUUUUUAAUAGAUUAACAUGAAAUCAAGAUGUGUCGAUGAAGCCACAUUACUGUUUGGAUUUAAUCACAAAUCAAGGUUGCAUGUUUAUAUUACUCUAACUUCUUAAACAACUCUAUGUCCGUAAAUAUUUUAGCAUUACUUCUGCUCUGGCACCCGAUGCUUCAUCCGACAAGAAGAGACCAGUAAUAUUUUUCCAAGGUGAGUCUAUACGUAUACAUGUAGCUCUACCACUUACUUUUCAUGUUUACCAGUCUUAUAAUGUCCAGAAGGGCAUGGUAUCUGUAACACAAACAAGAUCAAUUUCUGUUGUUUGAAUAUACCUGGUAAUGUAAAUAUGUAGUGCAAUUCUAGAAGAUGUCAUGCAUAGUCUGACCUGCCUUGGCGAAGUUUGUUCAGAUGAUGCAUCCAAAAACAAAUGUCUUGAUAUUCUUUGUAGAGUUAUGUACAGUGUAGUGCAAGCACCCAUUUCUACUCCUUUUUUUUUUUGGUUUUGUUUUCGAUCAUUGCUGGAGGAUCAGGUCCCAGUUGUCCACUGCAUGAAUGUCUUUCUGGUGGAUAGCACAGUAAGCUUUGUUGACACCCAUGCGCUGGAUAGCAUUUUAUUUAUUUGAUGAUAUUAUCCACCUUUGAACAACUGGGCUCAGCUGGGAAGAAAACAACAGCAUAUAUUUUGGAUUACACUGGAUUUAUACUGGAAUAUAAUUGAUCUUACCACAGAAAUUACACUUCUUAAAAACAAGGCCACUUAAAGGAGAUUAAUAAUUCUUUCAUAAACCAUUGUCUAUAGCCACAGUAAAGUUUACUCAGCAAUAUGAGGUCAUUCAGUGCUAGAGACCAGUUCUGAAAAACAAUGUUACUUUGUGGUUAAUGGGUGCAUAGUUGAUGUAAAAGCUGUGUUGAGUUCUCUUUAAAAAAAAAAAAACAUUGAAAUUUCUUUCAGGUCACAGCAACCCAAUUUACAGUCUAAUAUCUACAGAUAAAUUUCUAAUCAGGUAUUUGAUUGUGACUCUUUCCUGAUUGGUGAUCAAUUUUUUAGGCAAUAAUUUUAAGUAGGGAGAUGAUGUGUCUUUUAAGAGUGAGCAAGCAUUUGUUAUGAAUUUAUUUGGCUGUUUAUUUUGCAUUGCUGUUCAGUUAUAACUUAUUUUGUAACCUAUAUUUAGUGGUGGCUCAUCUGAAAUACAUGGAUGGCGAUGGGAUGAAAUUCUUGAUAAAACAGAGGUGAAUAUCUGUCUAGAUAAUUUAAGAUUUGUUAAUGGAUUUAAAAUUAGUUUUCAGUAUUAGGGAGAGAUGGUGGAUAUAUGGUUGAUAGUGUGAACUCUCUAUGGAAAGGUUAGGUUUGAAAUCCUGAAGGAGUCAUUGUGUUCUUGGGCAAGAUGCUGUAGCCUCACAGUGCCUUUCUCCACCCCAGUGAACUGCCAUGGUGGCCUGACAAAACUUUCUUGAGGGGAGGAGGGUGGGGGAAUAGUUCCAUAUUCACAGAAAGCAGUGUUACUCUCAGUAGUUUCCUGGUAUGAAAACCGAGCUAAGCUCUGGCAGGGAAAGAGGUACUUGGCUUAUGUACAAUCAAUAUGAUUAUAUACCUUGAAUACUAGGGAUUCCUUUGACCAUGUGUACAACCUCUCAGCUGUCAAAAAAGGUGUAAGUUUCUAAAGAAACUGUGGUGCUGCUCUGGUGGAAGAGUAUAGCAGAGUCAUUUGGUAUUAUCAACUGAGUUAAAGAAAAUUGGCCACCAUUAAGAGUUUCAAAGUACAUAUGAUACCAUACACAAGCUUAGUUCAAAAGUGAAAAAGGAAGAGAAAAAACAUAAAACUUAAAUUAUUCAGUAUAUAAACUUGAGUGCCCCCCAAAAUGUGAAGUGAGACCAAAUUUUCAUGACUCUGCUCAUAUUCUUAAGGAUGUUUACACUGUAUUUAAAAGGUGUGAUAUUCCACCAGACUUCUUUGUGCUAAGUAUUUCCAUUCAGUAUUACAGCCUUUUUCUAAUUUGUACUCCAAAACUUUUAGGCUCCUUCACCUGCCUGGACACUGCAACCUCCAGCUGCCAGGUGGGGUUCUUUAUUAUAAUUAAGAGACAUAAAAUGAUAAUUACCAUAAACGUCCAUGUAUAAGCCACACUUUUUUUCACAAAAUUGAAGCCAAAAAUCAAGGGUGCGGCUUAUCCAUGGAUACAUCUGUGUUUGGAGCUCUCAAAAACCUAAUUAAUAUUCAUAAAACUUCUUAAGAUGCCAAGAAACAAACAUAAAAGAAACUGAGAGCGUGUUGCUGUAGUUCAUUGACUUUUUCAUUGAGUGGUGGCUCCUAAAGGAGCCAUUUGUGUCUUCGAGUGUUUAUCGGCGAAUCUUGCUAUCCAUGAGUUCUUUCAAGCGAUUAGUUUUCACUUACGCGAACAACUAAACACCGACAUACAAGGAAUCUCUCGUUGUUUUUUACUACCUUCAUGGCAAAUUUGUCAACUGCAUUAUGAGGCCUUGUUCUGCAUGAAGUUUUUUGCCUAUUGCAGGUUUCCAAACAUCUUUAUACAAGUGGUAUCCCCGAACAGCUGAGUUGAAAGGCCCAGACUCCUCCCAAAAUUUAAAGCUUGGCUACUAACCACUUGUUUGUUUGUUUUUUUCAAUGCCGAAGGAAUUUCAACUUUAUGGCAUGUUUCUAAGUGAUAAUCUUGAAAAAUCGGAUCAAAAGAGCAUUUUAAGUUAAAGAUUGUGUAAAUUCCAAUGAAAAAGGUACGACAAAUGAAAUUUCGCUUUCUUUAGACUUGAUAAAUGUGAAAGAUAGCCACAACUUCUAUGUCGGUGUUUCGAAACCUUGAUUGUUUGUAGCAAUACAACUCUAUUGAAACUUCAAACUGUAUUGUUUUAUUUUUUCCGAAUUCUGCGCUUUCAAAUCGGGGGUGCAGCUUAUCUAUGGAUGCGGCUUAUACAUGGACGGUUACAGUAUCUUGUUGCUAAUCAUGGUAGUUUACUUACACAUAGUCUACCAAUACAUGCUUAUUCCCCAUCCCUACAUCACAUAUUGUACACCGAUGUAUCAGGUAAACUUACACUAACCUGGGAAUCCCUUCAUUGUCUUUGUUUAUUUGCUUACAAAUGCAUUUAACCCUCUGACCCCAAAGAGUGACAUGCAUCCAAUUUCUCAGUACAAUAUCACCCCUGAAUCAAACAUGAAGGUCGUUAGAAUGAAGGAAAUAAUCGACUACUAAAGAAGCUCUUGAUUGUCAAACAGAUACUCAAUACUCAGCUCCUUAGGAAAUGUAUAGAGAACAGUAUGGAGAAUAUGCAUACUGAUGUUAGGGUGUAAAUGGUAUGAUACUGUGAUCUUUGUGUUCUUCAUUCACUCUAUGUAUAGUGUAUAUCACUCAAUUAACAUUUCCCUGAACACAUAACAGGUACUCUCACAGUGAGCUAUGGGUUUAAUGGGUUUUUCCUCGUAAAUCUGGAAAAUCAUUGGAUUUGAGAAUGAGUUCUGAAAAGGCCCUUUGAAAAUGAUUUUUUUUGACAUAAUAAUCCAUUUUUCCAUGAUUAUUUUAAGGAUUAUUUUUUAGACCUGUGAAUGUUGAUCCUCUUUUAGAACCUCACUGGAUAUACCUGAAACCAAUGCUUUGGUAUUUUCUGAGCAGGUAUGUAUUAUAUACCAUAGAUUGAAAGGCCACAAUGUUUGUUUGAUCUACAGUAAUUCUUAACCAAUCCCACAUUGUGUCUACAAUACUCAGAUCUGAACACCCCCUCAAUUUCUCUGUCACUUUUUGAAACGUAAAUCUGACACAAGUUUGGAAUGUUUAGCAACUUGAUCUAGUACAUUUUAUUUUGGCAAUUUUUUUGGCUACAUGUGUUAACUUUGGACAAAUUUCUGCAUGCAAAUAGUAGUUGUUUGUUUUUGAUGGCUGAACAUGAGAUCAACAUGCAUUGAAGGAGCUACAGUUUGUUACCAAAGUUCAUGUUUCUCUUGCACCCUACAAAACUGUUGUCUGAUUAUAGAAGAUAUAAAGGUGCAAAGAUGAUAAAGUGUUAUUCACGUUUUUACUCCCAGAAGUAAUUGUGAUAGACCAUGUCCCCAUAAUAGUUAUGUCCAUACAUUAUCCAGCAAACAGGAAAUGAGAAUAAAGGGGGUAAUUUUCUAAAGAAACUGUGGUGCUGUGUUGGUGAGAGAGGAUAACAGGUAAUUUAGUGUUAACAACUGAGUUGAAAACAAAAAUUGGCCACCUCUUGAAACGGUAACCUUUAAACUCUUUACAGUGGCCAGUUUACCUUUUCAACUCAGUUGUUAACACUAAAUUACCCGGAAAUGAGAAUACUCAAACUUAUCAGGUACAAGUUGUUAUCAUGAUCUGACACCAAAUUCUCGUAACCAAUUUAAAAGGAAACAUGUCUCAGCUAGAGGGGAGAAUUUACAAGAAGAUCUUCAGAGUGCAAGGGUUGUAAAAAACUAUAGUAAACAGAUUAUUGUUCCUGAUUGUCCAUUAUUGGCUGUUAAAAAACUUGAAGGCACUUUAUAGAUUCAAUAUUACUGUAGUUUUAUACAUGUACACUUUGUUUUUAUAGGAAGACACACUUUUCUCAGGCUGUGGGGACAAUAAUAUUUAUAUGUGGGACCUUGAGUCUGGAACAUGUAAGGUAACCUUUAAAGAAAGUUACAUUUCAUGUUUUAAUUUAGUCAAAGAAUGGUGUUUUGUCAAAGAAUACUUCAUCAAGUGAUCUUACCUUAGUAUCAAAUAUUUAUUCAUUUUUUUAUUAACCUUUAUUACUUGACUGUGUCUUUUAGAACACAUUGUCUGGUCACUCAGAUUAUAUUCAGUGCCUUACUCUCAGAACAAAACACAGUCAAUGUGUGAGUGGAGCUGAAGAUGGAACUGUAAGAUUAUGGGGUAUGAAGUUACACUGAAGUUCAAUACCUUACACUAGCCUUGUGUUCUUGAUUCAAACUGUAAAUUACACACCAAGUUUUUUCUGCUUGGAUUUAUGGCCCAAGUGCGAAGCACACAGGCUAUGAAUCUAAGGGGGAAAAAUGAGGUUCCAUGACAAACAGUGCAGACUUAGAAAACUAGGUUCAUAAGAUAUACUGUAUCCCUGUGUUCAAGUAGAGAGGGAAGACUUUUUAACCCUCUGAACCCCAAAAGUUACUUGCAUCUAAUUUCUCCUUACAAUAUCCCCUCUGAAACACACAUCAAUGUCACAAGAAUAAAGGAAAUGAUCACCAACUAAAGAAUCUCUUGACUGUUGAACAAUUCUCCUUGUCAGCACCUUAGGAAAUGUAUAGAGAACAGUAUGGAGAAUAUGCAUACUGAUGUUAGGGUAUAAAGGAUUUAAUCAGGUGAUACAGUGAAUUAAAGCCUGGCACAUUGACCAAUUUUCUUUUACUGGCCAAAAUGGUUGAAACGUGAAGCACUGUUAUGUUCUCAUUUUAAGAAUUUUGUUUUUGUUUUGCCCAAUUUUUAGAUUACAGAACAAAAGGAUCCAUGACUGACAUGAUUGAACCCUGUAAAAAUGAGGUAAAAAAGGAGAUGUUUGCUAUACAGUUGGUGGAUUUUCUUUCUUUAGUACUUAAUUGACUAAAAAGUCAAUUUUAUUGCUUUUUAAGACUUAUGUACGUUUUUUUUUUUUUUUUUUUACUAGGUUUUUUUAGCAUUUUUACUUUACAUCUUGAGCUCCAAUAAUUCUAGCUGCACUAACUUUAAUUUGCUACCAGGCUCUCACUUGUUCAAUUUUUAUCUCUUUUCCAAAUCAUACUUAGAUUAACUGCAUGGCAGACUUUGUUGAGUAGUCUUUAUCAAGCCAAAUCAUGAAAUAAUACAGUUCACUUUAUGACUUGUACAUGGUUUUGUAAGUUUUGCAAGAUAAAUGUUAAUUUUUUAUGCCUUCACACCAGGAUAUACACAGACCUCAUUUGGGGUCUUGGAUAGGUUGUGUUGCUGUUGAUGAGGGUGAGGACUGGCUGGUGAGCAAAUGAGUAUUUUUUUUUUUUUUUUUUUUUUUGGGGGGGUUGGGUUUGUUCUAAAUGUUUUCUUUUUGUAAGUUCCCUCAAUAACAGUUUUCUAGCUGUGUGAUUAGACUUCUUUGAAACAGCAGUUGAAAAAUACAAAUAUUUUGCUUCACAAUAGUUAUUCUAAGAAAUUUGCCUAUAGUCUUUGACCUUGUGUACUUCACCCAAUUUCCUAGGCUCAUGUCUUAAUGUUUGUUUAUAAGCCAAUACCUGCAUAAGAGGGUAAUUUAGCAUUAUCAAAUGAGUUGGCCAAUGUAAAGAGUUUCAAAACUUAAGGUCCAGAGUGUUAACCACCUCACAGUAAUAAUAAUAAUAAUAAUUAUAAUAAUAAUAGGGAUUUCUAUAGCACCAUAUCCGCAGGCUCAUGGUGCUCGUCAGAGCAAAUGGAGGAGUUGUGGGUUGUGGGUGGGUUUAUAUACAGAAAAUGGAGCAAUGCCACUGGUGGGAAUAUGGUUAUAAGAAAACAAGAAUAGUUGAAUGAAAAGCACUUGCUUACUGAUAUGGUAGGGAUUAAGAGUGCAGAUUUGAAAGAUGAAUUUUUUACCUAGAGUUUUGUGGCUUUCUAAACUGCCUAGAUAUAGGGAGAGGCCACAAACUGCCAUAUGCUGCUUAGACUCACCUGCAUGUUGUGUUUGUUCUUCACACACUCAUAUAUUUAUUUACAGGUCUGUGGUGGUGGCCCAUCCCUGUCAGUGUGGCAUUUGAGGUCCAUGAAUUGUACAAGUGUUCUGAAAACAGCUUCUAGUCAACAGUCUGCCCUUUUCCAUGAUGACCUUGUAAGCGACAAUACUGUUAUUAACCCAUUAACACCCUAACCCCAGAAUGCAUAUUAUCCAUACUGUUUUCUAUACAUUUUCCUACAGCGCUGACAUGGAGAAUUUGUUUUAAAAAAUCAAGAGCUUCUUCAGUUAUUGAUCACCUCCAGCCUUUAUUUUCAUCACCUUAAUGGGUAAAUCAGACUGAUAGUGUAAGGAGAAAUUUGAUGCCAAUCACUCUUCUGAGUCAAAGGGCCAACAAUCAUGUAUAACAGCCUGAUCCAUCGGUUACACUACAAAAUGAAUGCACAGGUUUAUGGAUUCUGGUAAUUUUAUAUCCUUUGUUAAAUUAAAGACAGUGCAACAUAAAUGAAGAGUUGCUUUUAUGGGGACAUUUAAAGACAUCCUUGUGAAAAGCAACCAGAUUUAAGAAUAAGAUCACAUGUGACAAGAUUUUGCAUUGGUUGUGUCCAAAACGUGGUGUUACUGGAAACGUUUUUAACCAAAUGAAGUUUCUUAUAGCUCUGUUGAAACUUGGCUCCGUUGAAAGGAUGGAAGAUAUAUGUUUAAAAAAUUUUUUCACACUACAUUUUCAUUUUGAUGUGAAAGUUAAUUUUUUUCUUCUUAAGAUAUUGUCUGCAGGGUCAGAACCAACAGUGUUCCAUUGGCAGAUAAAUGGGGAUCCAAAAACACAUGUUCCUUGCACACCAAACUCAGUUUUUACCAUGCAAAUUAAUGACCAGUCUCCAAAGAAUAAGGUAGCUAAAAAUAGUUCAUCUGUCUGGCCCCAGUUCUUCAAAAGGUUGGAUAAUGCUAUCUACUGGAUAUAUCGGUACAUUUGCAAUCACUUAUGCAUUAGAUAGCAUUAUCCACCCUUUAUACAACUGGGCCCUAGCAGUUUGCAGAGUAUGUUUUGCUUUUACUUAUCUGAUGGAUACCAAUCUGUUCUUUUGCUAAUUAUAAUUGUUUUGAUUUAAUGACUUUACACCAAGGGGGUGUACAAGUCAUAAAGGGAUUUCCUUUUCAGGCUUCCAGUUGGAGGCAGCCUUGAGGAAAAUCACAAUUUGAUAAUAAAUACACAGGGAAUAAUGGGAAUCAAAAACAGAGUUGAUGCUUCUAGUUAAAACUUCUUUGUUAUUAAGUUCAAACAGUCAAGCAUAGAAAUAUGUAACUUUUAAUAUUGGGGGUCUGUUCAAUGUUUGGAUUGGUGUCGUAGUUAUCUUUAGAUGCUGCUUAACAGACAUUAGCUGAAUGCUGAAUUUGGUCAUAAUUUUCUCAUUCCUUUUUUACAGAGGAUGUUAAGAAAACCUACCCACAGGAUAUUCAUUCAGUCCUUUUUUUUUAAUUGCCUAAAAAGCAAGAUAAGCUUAUAAAAGUUCACUUAAUUGCAUGAUAAUAUUGAAACCUGAAUAAGUUUGUCCUUGAAUUCUUAAUUUUGCCUUGUUUGAUACAAUUAACCCUUACUUUUUUUUCAGGUUCUUGCAGUGGGUGGUUGUUCAGCUGACAUUGAUGUUUUUACAAACUUCAGCUAUAAAGCACUAUCAUUUAAAUUUUCUCAAUAA